GCAUUCCUGGGCUGUCAGAACUGUAUUGGGCGAAAGUGAUUGCAAUUGCUAUAUAUAAAACCAUACCCAGGCAGCCGGAACGACUGAGUUGAGUCUGUAAAAGGAUCCCCCUCGCGGCUAGGCUGCAGCAUACCGAAGGGCACCAAGCCCCCGUGAAGGAAUUGCCGCUCAGUCUUGCCUCCGGGCGGAUUGGCUGAGCUGGGGUACUCGAGAAUCGCUCUGUGGAUUGUUCAAAAGCGGUGAGUCUAAUGAACAGCCACAAUUGUGUGAUUGGGCAGACACGUCCAGAUUAUCGCAACAAAAUGCCCCCGCCAGCCGAGCCCAGCCCACAUGGAGGACGUGAUGAAGCCCGGGAGGGGGCGGGCUGAAGGAGUGGCGAGAACAACGGGAUACUUUUGUUAGCCAACUGCUGAUAGUUGGGAGCCUGAUCGGCAAGCUAGGGGUCUCAGAUAAUGGAGGAAAUUAACAUAUCUCAUCAGUUAUCCCACCGACGCCAGGGCGGCUCCCUUCAGUCAUCUUUGACGGAAUGGUGUGCACUUUCGCCGAACAACGGAAUGCUGUCCGGACUACUGCGAUGGGUCGGAUGGCGUUUGCGGCUGAGAUCUGGGCGUGCAGCACCAGUUCGACCAGCCAAGCGGCUGGGGUCAUCGGUUCUCCAGAGAGUGGUAAAUAAACGCGGGCUUUCGCAGCGCUGGCUGCAAAGGAACUUUGGCGACAAGCGAUCCGCAACUGUCAGACAAACGUCUGCGCAAACUCCACAGCCUGCGCAACGUGCGGCUCUCUCUGGCCGGGUGGAGGGUCGAGCAGAUCGGGGAUUGACUGUAGCAAGCCUGGUCAUCUCGCUAGGCGCUUGUCUUCUUCCUUCAGGAUCUGUUGUUGGAGGGGUUGAGACGCGCUUGUGGUGGCUGCGCAAAGCAGAACGAAUCAAAAGGCGGUCCGCCUGUGAAUAUCCACUGCCCCGAAAGUCAUUUCGAAAUUAUGUCAACUUGUGGCACAGGCAGCCAAAUUGUCUGUCUCUACGGGUGUUAGCCUGAAGGUUGUGACCCCUUGGAAGACGGCACGCAAGUGGAGGGAGAGGAGCGGGCUCCGCGGUAAGUCGCCUGGGUUUUGUUGGUCUGUUUGAUGAUGUGGUGUGG